CGGACACACUAGUGGUGAUCCGGACAGGAAUAGCUCGCUAAAGUUAAGACGUUAGGUGUCGAAAACAUUGUUUCAGAUAAUGUCUGAAAGUUUAACGUUAAUAAAUUGAGAUAUUACCCAAUUUUGGGUCGAAUAUCGGAUGCCAACUUAAUGCAAGUCCGAACCAGUAAAAUGCAGAGAAGCUAGUUAACUUGUGCCGUUAGUUAGCUAACGUUAUCUGUCUAUCUAAUUUAGUUACCAUCAACUACUAAACAUUCCCCUAUGUUUCGGAACAUUGGGCUGUCGAUCGUGCAUUUUUAUGGAAGAUUGGCUAUAAUUUUAUAUUCGUCGACCAUUGCUUUUUGUUUAACAAUUUUCACGGCGUGUUAGCAACUGGCCAUCAACUCUUGUCUUUCGAGCUCCGUGUUAGUUAUCCAGCCACACUCCGUGCACUUCCCCCACUCACCUCAUUCUCCAGCCUGCAAGCCCGCUAAGUAAAAUGAGGCAAGCAUCAACCAUUUAACUGUGUAGACUACUACAAAUAUGGAUCGUUUGGAUGUAUGAGGACACAACCAUCUCAUUGUAAGGCCUCUGUCAAGGAGAUCAGGAGAGGGGAUGGACGAGCAGAAAUCAAACUGCGAAGAAAAUGACUCUGAACCGACAGCUGAUGACAGCGCCCCUAUGGAGCAGCCAAUCCCCUCAGAGGGGGAGUCAGAGGCCCCUCUGGCUGCAGAGGACUCCUCUGAAACGGUUGCUGCCUCUUCCAGCACAGAUGUGGAGAGCAGUGUAAGGGUCUGUGUUCUAUGUAACUGUGUGGAGCGCAGCCUGCACGGACAACGGGAACUCAGACAUUUUGGGCCAUUUUCCUCCCGGCCAGCCCUGGAGCCCUCCGCUUCCUCACUGCCAGGGCCCGGGAAUGAUGACCUGUCUUCCAUCGGAUUCUCAGACUCCGACGCAUCCUGUCUGGCAGCACUCUUUGAUGACACAGGGGGCUGCUGGGUGCAUCACUGGUGUGCUGUGUGGUCAGAGGGAGUGAAGGAGGCUGAGGAGGAGCUGGAGAAUGUGGACAAGGCCGUCAUCUCAGGGACACAACGGCUGUGUGAAUAUUGCAAGCGUCUGGGUGCUACCAUCCGCUGCCAUGCUGAGAGCUGCUCACGGUUCUACCACUUCCCCUGCUCUGCUGCCAGCGGCUCCUUCCAGUCCAUGAAGCUCCUGGCUCUCCUCUGUCCAGAGCACGUGGACAAGGCUGAGGAGAUGGCGGGUGAGGAGGCGUGGUGCGCUGUCUGUGAUUCUGCGGGGGAGCUGCUGAACCUGCUGUUCUGUACAGGCUGUGGGCAGCACUACCACGCCUCCUGUCUGGAGAUCAGUGCCACGCCCAUACAGAGAUCAGGGUGGCAGUGCCCGGAGUGUAAAGUGUGCCAGACAUGCAGGCAACCAGGGGAAGACUCCAUGAUGUUAGUAUGUGAUGCCUGUGAUAAGGGCUACCACACCUUCUGUCUCCAGCCAGCCAUGACCUCUCUUCCCUCCGACACAUGGAAGUGCAGAAGGUGUCGGGUGUGUGUGGACUGUGGUGCUCAUGGUCUGACGCUGCCCGGCUCAACCCACUGGUUUGACAACUAUGCCGUGUGUGAGGGCUGCCAACGUACCCGCAGCUCUAUGUGUGGUGUCUGCAGCAAAGCCUCGGAACCACCCGUCAUGCUGCUGCGCUGCAUCAACUGCCUCAGGUGGGUUCACAGUGAAUGCUCCUCUAUAUCAGAGCCACCUGAGGAAAAGUGUAUCUGUUCGCUCUGCCGAGACAGAGAGCCUCUGGCAGACCCUGUCACAGAGACAGACAUGGUGGAAAUGCAGAUUACAGAGAAAGACCGGUCUGAGGUGACGAUAGAAGGACAGACUGACACAUUGGCUGAGAUGACACUCCAGACAGAAGCAGCGGGUGAGGUGACGAUAGAAGGACAGACGGACACAUUGGCUGAGAUGACACUCCAGACAGAAGCAGCGGGUGAGGUGACGAUAGAAGGACAGACUGACACAUUGGCUGAGAUGACACUCCAGACAGAAGCAGCGGGUGAGGUGACGAUAGAAGGACAGACGGACACAUUGGCUGAGAUGACACUCCAGACAGAAGCAGCGGGUGAGGUGACGAUAGAAGGACAGACGGACACAUUGGCUGAGAUGACACUCCAGACAGAAGCAGCGGGUGAGGUGACGAUAGAAGGACAGACGGACACAUUGGCUGAGAUGACACUCCAGACAGAAGCAGAGGGUGAGGUGACGAUAGAAGGACAGACGGACACAUUGGCUGAGAUGACACUCCAGACAGAAGCAGCGGGUGAGGUGACGAUAGAAGGACAGACUGACACAUUGGCUGAGAUGACACUCCAGACAGAAGCAGCGGGUGAGGUGACGAUAGAAGGACAGAUGGACACAUUGGCUGAGAUGACACUCCAGACAGAAGCAGCGGGUGAGGUGACGAUAGAAGGACAGAUGGACGUGUCCAAGAUGACCGGGAUACAUACGAAGACCAAGUCGGACGAGGAGGUGCCCAUGGAGCUGGGGACUGGGGCUGAAGUGGUAGAAACGACAGGGGUAGAGGAGGGGCCUCAGCUGGGAACGGAGGAAGUCCCUGCAGAACAGCCCAUGGGUCAGGCUGAGGUUAUAGAACAAUGUGAAACAACUGAACAACAGGAGGCUUCUAGUUUACCUGUGGAUGAGAGGCCAGAGAAGGCUCCUAGUCUGCCACCCCAACCCCAGGUCAGCCAUGUCCUUGAGUCUCCGGAGUCACCAGAACAGCAACCGCCACAGUGGCCAGAGCCAGCAGCAGUAGUAGAGCUGGGCCCUGUGCACAGAAAGGAGAAGAAUGGGGAGAACCAGGGAGUCAAACCCUCAACACAGCAGCAGACCAAACUGGAGGAGAAGAGAAGCAGUGAGGGCAUGUCUACCACCUCGCCAGAGUCACCAGCCCCUCCCAUCUCCACGCAAGAGGUGGAGCAUGUUUCCGUGGACACAGAUGAGGUGGGGCUAAAGGAGGAAGCCGCAAGGAACCCAAAGCAGGAGCGCUCAGGGUCUCCUCCUGCUCCACGUGCUGACACACAGGAGGCUGUUCCUACUGUGGACAUGGAGGUCAGGGCUACUCACUCCGAGGAAGAGGAGGAGUUUGGAGAACAGGAGGAGCAGGGGAAGGAUGCAGACAGAGAGGGUCAUCAUAGUCAUCACAGAAGGGUCAAGAUCAAGCAGGAACCCCAGGAGCAGAGGAAGCCUGAUCAGCUCCUCCUGGAUGAGAUGUCCAAUCAGAGCCAUCCGAGUCACGGGGACGAGAGCAGUUCUGGCUUCCUGGGCUCCCCGACCGAAGGGGAGGCAGAGCCCGAUGCACAGCUCUCCAUGGAGCUCAGCCUUAUACCCACCGAACGCUCGCGUUCCGACUCCCUGCUCACUGAGACAGACGAUUCGCUGCCCUUUGACCCCCUCAAACCAGACGGGGAGAAGAAGAGGAGAGGCUCGCCGGGACGAUCCAGGGUCAAACAGGGGCGGGGCAGCAGCAGUUUCCCGGGGAAGCGGCGGCCUCGUGGUGGUGGUGGCGGCGGUGGAAGGGGCCGGGGAGGUAGGAACCGCCUCAAAGCCAUGGCCUCCUGCAUCGACGCGUUCCUGCUGAGCAUGACAGCAGCAGACACUGGACUCAGUAAAGAGGAGGAGGAGGGGGAGGAAGAUGAGGCUAUGCAGAACACAGUGGUGCUUUUCUCAAACACUGAUAAAUUUGUCCUGCUUCAGGACAUGUGUGUGGUGUGUGGCAGUUUUGGGAAAGGUGUGGAGGGGCAGCUUCUGGCGUGUGCUCAGUGUGCCCAGUGUUACCAUCCAUACUGUGUGAACAGCAAAAUGACUAAGAUGAUGCUGCGUAAGGGCUGGCGUUGUCUGGAAUGUAUCGUGUGUGAGGUGUGUGGCAAAGCCUCAGACCCGGCCCGCCUGCUGCUCUGUGACGACUGUGACGUCAGCUACCACACCUACUGCCUGGACCCGCCCCUACACACUGUUCCCAAGGGCGGGUGGAAGUGCAAAUGGUGUGUGUCCUGUAUGCAGUGUGGUGCCAGCAGCCCAGGGUUCCACUGUGAGUGGCAGAACAACUACACCCACUGUGGCCCCUGUGCCAGCCUGGUCACCUGCCCUGUCUGCAGGGAGAACUUCAUGGAGGAGGAGCUGCUGCUGCAGUGCCAACACUGUGACAGGUGGGUGCACGCUGUGUGUGAGAGUCUGUACACUGAGGACGAGGUGGAGCAGGCCUCUGAUGAGGGCUUUGCUUGCACAUCCUGCACUCCCUACGUCCCCAAACCCAUAGUAACGGUGGAUUCAACCUACAUGACAGCCAUGAAGAUAAAAGAACCAGAGCCUCAGUUCUACCGGUUGGAGGGGGUGUGGCUGACCGAGACGGGCAUGUCCCUACUGCGCAGGAUUUCCAUGUCUCCCCUACACAAGAGACGGCAGCGGCGCUCUCGCCUGGGCAUGCUGUGUGGUGAUGGAGGACCCGACAGCAUGGAGCUCAAGGACGGGGACGGGGACGAAGGAAAAGGCUGUGGGGAGCCCAUGGAGUGUGAGCCAGGAGUUCCUGGUGUAAAACAGGAGCCUUCAGGGAGCCCAUACAGGGAGCUGGGAGCAGAGGGAGGUGCUGAGGGUAUGGAGGAAGGCCUCAAAGGAGUAGAGGAGACGGACGAGGGAAAGAAGAGGAAGAGGAAACCCUACAGACCAGGGAUCGGUGGCUUCAUGGUGCGUCAGAGAAAGUGUCACACACGGAUGAAGAAGGGUCUGUUCCCCCAUCUGUCUCAUCUGGCUGGAGACGGAACUGUUACGACAGCCAGACCGACAAGAGAGAAGCCUGCCCUAGAGGAAGGGCCUCACCCAGACACACCUACAGAUGGUGCCCCGGAGACUAAGCCAGCCGAGGGAGAAGGGGAGCAAGCCAAGAAACGACGAGGCAGGAAGAAGAGCAAACUGGAGGACAUGUUCCCAGCUUACCUGCAGGAGGCAUUCUUUGGUAAACAACUGAUGGACCUGAGUAAAAAGGCUCUCCUGGUUACCCCAGGACAGAGGCAUCAUGGGGCCAUGGGUCUCCUACGUCCUCCACUGCCUCAUGCACAGGGGGCCAGACCCACCGCUCCUGACACAGUGGAGGUCCGGGAGCGAGCGAUGGGGGCUGGGAUGCACCUGAAGCAGGAGGGGGGUGAGGGAUCACAGGCUCAGGUCGAGGGAUCAGUGUUGUCUUCAGCUGUCAAAGAUCAGGGCUCAACGGAUCCUCAAGGCUCCGAAAAGGAGAAAAAUGAAGGACUUCCUGAGGGCAUGGAGAGUCAGGACUCUGAGCAGUUCUUCAGGAAGGUCCUGGGGUCAUCAGAGGGAGUGUCUCUAGGAGGGUCCCUACAGAGCAGCAUGAGGCCCAUCCUCGAGGGAGGAAAGGGGGAGAUGAACUGCAGCAGUCUGCCACAGAGGAGCCUUCUCACAGUAUCGCUGCCCUCUGCUGGUAUGAUGGACUCCUUCCCUGGACUUUCUCAGUCUCCCUUCUUUGACAUGCGGGAAAGGGGUGGCCUGUUCAGUCCAGAUGGCGGAGAGGAGAGCCCGUGGGCCAACCCCUCCACCCCAGCCACCCCCUCCACCCCUCCUACCCCGACCGAGGCAGAUGGAGACGGGCUGUCCUAUAACCAGCGCAGCCUCCAGCGCUGGGAGAAGGACGAGGAGCUAGGAGAGAUGUCCACCAUCUCCCCUGUACUCUACGCAAACACAAACUUCCCCACUCUCAGACGGGACUACCCAGACUGGUCCAGUCGCUGUAAACAGAUCAUGAAGAUCUGGAGGAAGAUUUCAGCUGCUGACAAGGUUCCUUUCCUGCAAAAGGCCAAAGACAAUCGAGCGGCUCAGCGGAUCAACAAGGCACAGAAGCAGGCAGAGAGCCAGGUGUGUCGGCCUAUCAAGACCGAGGGGGGUGGUGGUGUUCGGGUCAAAGGUGAACGUCCCAGCCUGCACCUCCAGAUCCCCCCGCCCUCAGGUUCUGUCUCCACCUCCUCCCAACCCAGCUCGGCGGAGAGCCCCUUCCCUUUCCACCCUGACUCGGGAUCCUCUUCCACCUUCUUCCCUGACGGUCCUGUCAAGACCCCGGGCUCGGCAUCGGCAGAUAUGCGGACAGAUCCCUUUGCCAAGCUGCCUCCACAGUCACCCCACCCCUCCACCCCAUACUCCUCCCACCAGGCCGCCUCCAGCCCCAUGCAGGGCCAGGCCUCUUCCUCAGGUUACCCCCACCCCGGGCCACAGGCCCCUCAGGGACACCCGGCUAGCCUUGGCCCCUUCGACAUGCAGCCAGGGAAUCCCCGGCGGGCUCAGCAGGUCGACCCCUUCUUCAGGCCGCAGCAACAGCAGAUUCAGGGUCACCUGUCCCAGUCACAGCAGGGCUCUCAGGAGCACUUAGGCCCCCCAGAAAGCCCUCGGUCCAGGGGUGGAGGGCCCGGGGACUCUCCUCUCUUCUCCCCGCCCCACACCACCCACUAUGGAGACUCGUUCCGAGGCCAGCAGCAGGGGAUGGGGCGUCCAGAAUACGGUUCCUCCCCCUCUCAGGUGUCCUCGCCUUCUGGGAUGGGACAUGGGCAGUACAGGGCUGAUAUGAGCGGGGGACCCUCUCCCCGCUCCUCCUCCACGGGACGUCAGGACCUGAGUAACACGGGCUCCCCUGCAGGGAUGCUGGACUCUGGGGAUGGCUUGUUCAAGGCUCCCAUGACACCACGGAUGCACCAAGGAGAGAGUGGGGUGGUACUCCAUCCCGGAGCCUCACCCAACCACCCCUCUGAGGGCUACCGCCAGUCCACUUCCACCCCGUUCCAGGACCCCUAUGCCCAGCCUCCCCUCACCCCAAGGCCCCAGUCUGGGGACAGCUGCUCCCCCCUCCCCCAGCAGAGGCACCCCCAGACUCAGCAGGAGUCCUGCCCCAGGGUCCCCUCCAGCCCCCAGUCCCAGGGCAGCUCCCUCUCCCCCCUCACUCCUGGAGCCUCCAACGACGCAUUCUCUGUCCAGUCCCCAGCUUCCACCUCCCGCUUCCAGUCCCCUGAUCCCUACUCUGCCCCCUCACGCCCUCAGUCCAGGGACCCCUUCGCUGCUCUGCACAAGCCCCCCGGCCCACCUGCUGCUCCUGAGGGCACCCCCAGCUUCAGAGGCUCACCUCACCCCAACCAGCCUCCCUCACCCCCGUCGUCCACCCCUGUGGGGGACCCCCUCUCUGGGAAACCCUCUGGGCCGCAUGGGUUCAGCCGGGGCCCCAACAUAGCCUAUCAAAUGGCCCAGCAGCAACAACAACAACUCCUCCAACAACAUCAACAACAACUCCUCCAACAACAGCAACAACUCCAACAACAACAGACUCAGACUAUAGGUGCCGACUUCCACUCCAGGAUGCCCUCCAGCAGAACCCCACAGCCCCCCCCCCCGGAGGCACCUCACCCCCUGGGGGCUAUGCCCGGUGCCCAGGAGAUGCCCGACAUGUCAGCAGUUCAGGAUCCUUCACUACUGGGCCUCAGCCCCUCUGAGUUGGAGAAGCACAGACAGCGACAGAAACUGAGGGAGUUUUUGAUCCGGCAGCAGAUGCAGCGAAACUCAAUCCGGCAGGAGAAAGAGGCUGCAGCAACCAGCAGUGCUGUCACCGGUUGGCCUGGAGGAGACAUGGCAGCAUAUCAGCAAGACAAAGCCCACCGUGCUCCACCACCCUACCCACAGGACCGUGCCGUUACUGCUGCUGGUUCCCAGGCAUCAUUGGCAGGGAAGAUGUCCCAUGCUGUGGGUCCCAUGGAUGUUGGCUGUCCGCCACCCCCAGGGACCCCUGCCAUGAUGGACCCCAACCAGCUCAGACAACCAGGGCCACCCAACCCCCAGGGCAUGUAUGGUCGUCCUCAGUUCCCUGGGCAGUGGCAGCAGGGCCCAGGUCCCCGUCGCUUCCCUCAGCCUGGCAUGGAGGGUGUGGGCCCCAGCCACCACCUCAACGCUCCCCUCAACAUCCAGCAGGCCAUGCAGCAGGGUAUGGCUAACCCCCGUGGCCUGGUGCCUUGCCCUGGAGGGGAACCCAUGCAGCAAAGCAUGGACCCCGGAGGACCCCCACCACAGUUCAUCGAGCUAAGGCACAACUCCCAGAGGCUGCCCCUGGGGCCCCAGAUUCCCCAACGAGGGCCCCAGCAACGGCCCCCCCUCUACAUCCCCCAGCAGCAGGAAAUGGCCCCCAGCCAGUUUGUUCAGCAUCCAGUGCCUCAAGGUAUGGACCCUCAGACAGAGGGGGUCAGAGACUCACGGCUGGGGCUACAGCAGGGUAGUAUGGGUCUAUUAAUGCCACAGCAGAGCACUGGCUCGUCGCAGCAGCAACAACAACCCCAUCUCCAAUCCCAGACAGGCACUCCUCAGACCCCUAACACUCUCAGCUCUCACUCUGGGCAGCAGCACCAGACCUCCACAGAGACCCAGGCUGGAGUUCCAGGGGAAUCUAGUGUUGAUCUUCCCGAGCCUGACCUGGAGGACCCGUUUGCCCCCAAAGGGCUAGGAGAUGCCCCCGGGGAUGGAGGAGUGGAAGAUGAGGAUGAUCUGGCUCUGGAUCUAGACCCUGAUAAGGGUGACGACGACCUGGGUAAUCUUGACAACCUGGAAACCACGGACCCACACCUAGACGACUUACUCAACAGUGACGAGUUUGACCUGCUGGCUUAUACGGACCCCGAGCUGGACCAAGGGGACCCCAAGGAUGUGUUCUCGGACCAGCUGCGGUUGGUGGAAGCAGAGGGUGAAACUCCAGGUACCUCUGGGGCUCAGGACAACAAAGUGGAACAGAAACCGAAAGUUGAGCAAAACCCAACCCCAAACACAGGGGGUUCCAUGAACUCCUCAACUCUCCAUCCGUCCUCCUCUGAGUCUGCCGUCACUUCCAGGAUAAAGCUGGAGCCAGGCCAUGCUGUGGUGAAGGAUGAGAUGGGAGAUGCUGUCUCCAUGCUCCUUCAAACAAACAAACCCUCCACUCAACCAGAGAACCAGGGUGCUUCACUGAGCUCUGUGCGGUUAGGAGGGCUCCCAUACCCUCUGCCGGGUCAGGCUGAUUCAUUAUCCUCCCUGGGGGAGGACCCCCUGGCGCUGCCCGACGGAGGGGGACAGCACUCCCCUGCCGUGGAUCUAGACAAAGUUGAAAGCUCCCUGGAAGCCAGCGAGCUUCCCUUGCUGAUCCAGGACCUGCUGGAGCACGAGAAGAAGGAGCUCCAGAAACAGCAGCAGCAGCAGCAACAGCAGCAGCUCAGCUCCCUCCACCAGGGGGCGAUGGGGGGGCAUAUGGGAGGCCACCCCAACCCCCAGGGGGGUCCUGGACAUAUCAUGCUGCCCCAGCACCACCGCCCCCCACCCCAGAGCAUGAUGGGACUGCCAGGUAUGGUGCCACGCCCUCCACACCUUUUGCAGCAGCAAAGACUCAUGGGACAACCUGGGAUAACGCCGCAGCACAUGGCUGCCAUGGCUCAGCAACAAGGAGUGAUGAGGGUGGGGCAGCCUGGUGGCAUUCACCCAGGACUCAACCCUCAGCCGCAGCAGAUUGUCAAACAGUCAGCUCUGGCUAAUAACUUCUUCCCUGAUAAAGAUCUAGACAAGUUUGUGACGGACGACAUCAUGGAUCCCAUCGCCAAGGCGAAGAUGGUGGCACUGAAGGGCAUCAAGAGAGUUUUGGCACAGGACCCAAUGGGGGUUCCCUCUGGCAUCAACAGGCAACAGGUCUCUCUGUUGGCCCAGAGACUAGCUUCAGCGCCAGGAACAGGAGACCCUCAGGGUCAACUCGCAUCUGGCCCAUCUAAGGAAGGGGAAUGCAGUGACCCAACACAAUCAAGACCCAACCCUCCCCAGUUUGUACAAGGGAUCAUCAACGAUGCAGAGCAGCACCAGUAUGAAGAGUGGCUCCUGCACACCCAGCAGCUGCUGCAGAUGCAGCUGAAGUUCCUGGAGGAGCAGAUCGGAGCUCACCGCAAGUCCCGCAAGGCUCUGUGUGCCAAGCAGCGCACUGCCAAGAAGGCAGGCCGUGAGUUCGCCGAGGCUGACGCAGAGAAACUCAAACUGGUCACUGAGGAGCAAAGCAAGAUCCAGAAACAGCUGGACCAGGUGAGAAAGCAGCAGAAGGAACACACCAACUUGAUUGCAGAGUACAGAAGCAAGCAGCAGCAGCACCAGCAGUGCUCUGGUCUCCUGGCCCCAGGGCCCUCUACUCAGGGGCCCCACAGUCUCUCCAAGAUGCCUGGGCAGAUGAUGGGCCAGCAAGGGGCUCCUGUGAUAAGCCAACCUCCAGGAAUCAUGCCCCAGGGAGGUAUGCCCGUCCGAAUGCCCCCACAGGGGCAGCCGUUCUUGGGAGGAGGCCAGCACCUUGGAACUCUGGGAGUUAGACCUCCUGGUCCUCCUGGUGGUCCACCUGCAGCGUUCUUCCCCCAGGGUCCAGGAGGAGUCCAAGGAGCAGACCCAAGACUUCUCCAGGAGAGACAACACAGGAUGCAGAUAAUUCAGAAACUACAACAGCAGCAGCAACAACAGGCGAUGAUGCAAGGCCAGCAGCCCAUGCCACAUCCAGGUGGCCAAGCAGGUAUGUUGCCACAAUCACAGCCAGGCAUCAUGGGUAACCCUCUGAUGGGUCAACAACCAAACCUCCAACAGGGAAUGAUGCCCAACCAGGCCAUGUUGCCCCAGAUUACAGUACCAGGCCAGGCUGUGCCCCAGCCACCGCAGACCCUGAUGGGAGGGCAGCCUAUGAACCAGCCUUUAGGCAUGACGGGGGCCCAGACAGGUAUACAGCAGCAACAGAGGCCUCAGCUCAUGAUGGGUGAGCAGGGAGUAGUGGGACCCCCUCAGCUCCACGGACUCAGAGGACCUGGCCAGGCCCAGCUCACACCUCAACAACAACAAAUCCUGGCUCAGCGCAUGUUGGCGCAGCAGCAACUGAAGCUACAGCAGCAGCAACAAGUGGCACAACAACAGCUCAUUCAACCACCACCACAGGGCUUCAUCAGCCAACCCAACCAGUCUCAAGACUCCCAGGGAGGACUCUCUCAACCUGCCACCCCAGGUCAAAUGGGCUCUUCUCCAGCUUCAGCAGGGGGGAGCACUCGGGUCACCCCUCAACCAGCUGAGGUGCUGCAGCAGGGGGAGGGUGGCAUCCUUAGUCCUAUUUCUAGGACCCCUCCACAGCAGGGUGGACCUGGACCUUCAAUCCCGGGCCAGAUGACCCAACCAGGGGCAUCUGGAGAGCAACAGGCGGCAGUGGGACAACAGCAGCAGUACAUGGCCCAGCAGCAGCAGCCGGCAUUACAGCAACAACAACCUCCUCAAAAUACUCAAGCUGGACUUCAACAGCAAGCUGGUUACCAACAGGUUGGCAUGCAUCCCCAAGUACAACAGCAGCAACCACAGCAGCAACAGCAGCUUCAUCAACAAACGUCUUUACAGCGACAGAGUUCCCUCAAUGCUGAUCCCUCAAAGUCUGGUUUGGUCACCGUCAAGCAGGAAGGACAGCAGAUGUGUUUCAUGGCCCAACAACAACAGCAACAACGACAACAACAUAAUCUUAUGCAGCAAGCCCAAGACCCAAUUGGACAACAGCAACAACAACAACAUGACAGUAUGGGCCAGAUGCAGAAUGUGAUAGGUCAACAGAACCACCCUGGUCAGCCUCAACCUGUCCCUGGUAUGCCAGGCCACCCUAGUCCCCAGCAACAGGCCCUCAUGGCACAGCAGGCCCAGCAGCAAAAGCAGCAGGCCAUGAUGGGCAUGCUGAGAACCCAGCAGCAGGUCAUGAUGCCUGGCCAGAGACCUGGAGUUCCACCCGGUCAGAUACGCACCCCAGUCAACAUCCAGGCUAUCAUAGCCCAGAACCCCCAGCUCCGACACCUCACCCCCAACCAGCAGAUCCAGCACAUCCAGGCCAUGAUCCAACAGCGCCAGCUCCAACUGCAGCAACAACAACAGGGCCAGAUGAUGAGGCUCCAGGUGUGUCAGGGACAGUCAGGGCAGAUGAGGCCCCAGGGGCCCCCUGGUCUGGGGCAGCAGGUGGGACAGAUCCAGAGAAUGCCUGGAGGUCUGGAGGCCCAGCAGAUGCACUAUGGAGGAGCUCUGGGGAAACCAGGGGGAUUGGGCUCCACGCAACAACCAGGGAUGAUAGCCCCCGGCCAACCACCAGGCGUGGUGACUCCUCAGCUGCAGCAGCAAGGGAUCAUGGGACCUGUAGUCCAACAGCAGCAGCCAGGAGCCUCACCUCAGUACGCCUUGAGUGUCCAACAGCAGCAGAUGAUGCAGCAACAGGCCCAACAACACCAGAUGAGAGGCCAGCUGCCCAUGACUCGCUCCCCCAUGGGUCAGGUACGUGGUGGGCCCCCCCAAGGCUGCCAGAUCAGGCCCGUGUCUCCCCGUCAGCCCCUGGCCAACUCCCCAGGAGACCCCCAGCGGCACGCCAUGACACAGGGGUUGGGGAUGCGUCAACCCAACCCAAACCAAGUCAUGCAACACCAGCAACAACAGCUCCACAUGGCUCAAAAACGUUUCCAGGGCUCUCCCUCCCACGCAGGCUCCCCUGCAGGAUCCUCAGUCCAGAAACCGGAAGCAGGCAUGAGCCCAGCUACCCCAGGCACGCCACACUCCACCCACGUUGCCUCUCCGUCUGUAACCGACGGGGCAGCUGGGAAACGUAGUCCUUACAGUCAGAGCAAGCCCUCUCCUCUCAGGUCGCCUGGAGCAUCCAAGAGUCCCCUGGACUACCCUGGUCUUAAGGCCGAAAGUGGCGACACAACCCAGAGUCAAGUCCCCCCGAAUAGACUUUCGCCUCAGAAGGGCGAGAAUGGACUGCAACAGCAUCCACAACAGGGCUCAGUGAACCAGGGUGGUCCUCAACCUCCACCAGUCUCCAGAGAGGGAACUCUGUGUAAGAUGACCCUACAGAACAUCAAACAGGAGCCCAGAGAGUUGACUUGUGACGGGGAAGGAAGUAGUGGUCCUCACUCUGGGGCCAUCAAAAGGGAGGUGACUGGGGAGCCGGUUGGAGGGUUUGGUAACAAUGGUCCUGGACUAGGAGGGGACCCUGGACCCCACGUCCCUAGGACUGAGACAGGACAACAGCUACUGCAGAAGCUUCUGAGGACCAAGAAUCUGCAGCUGGCCGCUCAGAGGCCCUCUGAGGGCAUCCACAAUGAGAUAAACGGACACAUCAACAGCAAGCUGGCCAUGCUGGAGCAGAAACUACAGGGGACUCCACGCAAUAUGGAGGAUCUGCAGUCCAUCACAAAGAGGGCUCCUGUUGCCAAGGCAAAGCGAUCCAACAAGCCUGGAGAACGAGCACCCCAGUCCCGUAAGAAGAAGAAAGAGGAGAUUGGGAAGAGCACUGAGACCCUGAUGAAACAACUGAAACAGGGCCUUUCUCUCCUUCCCCUGAUGGAGCCCUCCAUCACUGCCAGUCUGGACCUGUUCGCCCCCUUCGGCAGCAGCCCAGCCAACGGCAAGGCCCAGCUCAAGGGCUCCUUUGGAAAUGCAUUACUGGGGAACAUCCCAGACUACUACUCUCAGCUGCUCACCAAGAGUAACCUUAGUAAUCCACCGACACCCCCGUCUUCCCUGCCCCCCACACCACCCCCCUCGGUGCAGCACAAAUUGCUCAACGGGGCUACAGCUGUGGAGGAGCUGACUGAGGAACAGGAAACGGAGGACACUAUGGAUUCUGUGACUGAGGAGGUAAAGAGUGUGGAUAUUUUAGCUGCGCUCCCCACCCCACCUCACAACCAGAACGAGGACAUCAGAAUGGAAAGUGAUGAGGACAGUGAUGCUCCAGAUAGUAUUGUCCCAGCUUCCUCUCCUGAGUGUGACUUAGGUGACGAGGCGCUACGCUUCCCUCGCUUUCGAGAACCCAAAGAGGAGGAGAUGGAGAGAACCAUCUCCCCUACCAUACCACUCAUCCCCCGCACUGCCAUCCCUGUGUUUCCAGAGAACAAGCCGUUUGAAGCAGCUGAUGGCAAGGCGGUGUCUACAACCAACCCCUGGGACAAAGCCAAGAGCAACGAGGUUGCUGUGACCUUCACACUGUCCUCCGCUGCAGCCAAGAAUCUGAACCAUGUGAUGGUGGUGGUGGCUCAGCUGCUGCACAUACGGAUGCCUGGUUCCUAUGAGGUAGCUUUCUCUCCCAGCCCAGGCAGGGCAGGAGCCUCAGGACCCGGCAAAGAACCCGUACAACCAGGUGCCCUGUGUGUGAAGACUGGUGGUAUAGAAGGUAGUUCACCCAGCCAGAAUGCAGAGUGGCUGAGACAGUUUGAUAUUUCUCUGCCAGGCUGCACUCUGAAGAAACAGGUGGACAUCCUCUCACUCAUCAAACAGGAGUUGCCGGAGCAGGAGGACAAACCGGUUCAGCACUGUUAUACAACUAACGUGUCUGACCUGGAUGUACGCCACCUUCCUGUCGUCCCUGUUGAAGACUCCCCGCCCUCCUCUCCUUCUCCUCCACCUCCUGCCCCUGCUCUUACUAGUGAGACUGAGCCUCCAACCCAGCCAGCCUCCCUCCACCACCCAGCCAGCCUCCCCUCCACCACCCAGCCAGCAUCUCCCUCUCAAGCUCCCUCCAGCCCUGCUCAGACCACCAUUCAGGUCAAAACAGAGCCUGCCACCACCCCUGUUCAGAUCAAAAUAGAGCCUGACGCUGAAGCCAUCCUUCCUCCUCCUGAUGCUAGUGCUGAGGCAGACUAUGAUGCCAAGCAUGCUGAUCAGCCAGCCCCCCAGGACAUCCCCACCUCCCCAACCCCCAGCCUGGAGGUGACCUCCCCCAAGGUGAAGCACCGCAGCAGGCCCCUCUCCCCCGACCCUGAGGAGAUGGUGGUCCGGCCCAAGGUGAAAAAGUGGAAGGGCCUCCGCUGGAAGCGUCUCCAGAUCGUCAUCACCAUCCGUAAAGGAGGUUCCAAGAAGGAGAGCAGUCGUGGGGUCUCAGAGCUCAUGGAGCGUCUCCGCAUCACCCUGAGACCUGACAAGCUGCCCCGGGACAAACGCAAGUGCUGCUUCUGCCAUGAGGAGGGCGAUGGCGCCACAGACGGCCCCGCCAGGCUCCUCAACAUCGAUGUGGACCUGUGGGUUCAUCUCAACUGCGCCCUGUGGAGCACGGAGGUGUACGAGACGCAGGGAGGCGCGCUGAUGAACGUAGAAAUGGCAUUGAGGCGCGGUCUCCGCACCCGCUGUGCCUGCUGCCAGAAGACUGGUGCUACCAACAGCUGCAACCGCCUGCGCUGCCCCAACGUCUACCACUUCACCUGCGGCAUCCGAGCCCGCUGUAUGUUCUUCAGGGACAAGACCAUGCUGUGCACCCAACACAAACUGAAAGGACCCAGCGAGGAGGAGCUGACAGGCUUUGCCGUGUUCCGACGCGUUUACAUCGAGAGAGACGAGGUCAAGCAGAUCGCCAGUAUCUUACAACGCGGCGACCGCAUCCACCUGUUCCGCGUAGGUGGCCUCAUCUUCCACGCCGUAGGUCAGCUCCUGCCAUCUCAGAUGCAAGCCUUCCACUCCCCGACCGCCAUCUUCCCCGUGGGCUUCGAGGCUACCAGGAUCUACUGGAGCACGCGGGUGCCUAAUCGCCGGUGUCGGUAUCGUUGCCGUAUCAGCGAGACGGAGGGAAGGCCGAUGUUCGAGGUACGGGUGCUGGAGCAUGGACAGGAGGACCUGCACUACCGCGACACCAGCCCAGAAGGAAUCUGGGACAGAGUGGUUCAGUCUGUAGCUAAGCUGAGAGAAGAGUCUGCCAUGCUGAAACUGUUCACUGAUCACGUGAAGGCAGAGGAGAUGUACGGCCUCACUGUCCACGCCGUGCUGCGCAUCACUGAGUCGUUGCCUGGAGUGGAGAACUGCCAGAACUAUGUGUUCCGUUAUGGUCGCCACCCUCUGAUGGAGCUGCCCCUCAUGAUCAACCCCACUGGCUGCGCCCGUUCCGAACCCAAGAUCCUCACACACUGCAAGAGGCCUCACACCCUGAACAGUACGUCCAUGUCCAAGGCCUACCAGAGCACCUUCACCGGCGAGAUCAACACCCCCUACAGCAAGCAGUUUGUCCACUCCAAGUCCUCCCAGUACCGGCGCCUGAAGACCGAGUGGAAGAACAACGUCUACCUGGCCCGGUCCCAGAUCCAGGGCCUGGGGCUAUACGCUGCCAAGGACCUGGACAAACACACCAUGGUCAUCGAGUAUAUAGGAACCAUCAUCCGCAACGAGGUGGCCAACCGCCGCGAGAAGAUCUAUGAGGAACAGAACCGUGGGAUCUACAUGUUCCGCACCAAUAACGAGCAUGUGAUCGAUGCCACUCUGACCGGCGGUCCUGCUCGCUAUGUCAACCACUCCUGUGCGCCCAACUGUGUUGCCGAGGUGGUUACGUUUGACAAAGAGGACAAGAUCAUCAUCAUCUCCAGUCGCAGGAUCCCCAAGGGAGAAGAGCUGACGUAUGACUAUCAGUUUGACUUUGAGGACGAUCAGCACAAGAUCCCUUGCCACUGCGGAGCCUGGAAUUGCCGAAAGUGGAUGAACUAAACGAACUGUGAGAAAUGGAGAGGGGAAAAACAUAUGUAUCUUUCUCCCCGGUGCCAGAACACUACUGCGCCAAAGCCUUUAGAAUAUUGCUACUACUACCCAGUACAUAAGCUGUUCGUAAGCUGUUCAUAAGCUGACGAACGAGGAGGGAAACUGACCUCCAAAACAAUAAGACUAAGACGUUUGCAUUCACACCUGUAGCCAAAGGUUUGAAGAGCAUUAUGGAUAUACAAGCAAACAAACCACCUGUAUUGACAUCCAGUCGAAUGAUGGGACAGUCUUUUUGUGGAUGAACUGUGUCCUCUCUGCCAAAAGCAACUCUUUCCUCUACCUACUGCUACCCCUUCAGUAACUAUGGAUGGAAUUACAAUCCUCUCCACAUCUACCAAAUGUUCAGAUUCUAUGUGAUAUCAAUACUCUCUUAGGGCAGACCUUACCUUGAGCUUUGAUGAAAGAAGCCAUUUUAAGUACUAAUAAAUAACUACUGCAUUUAAAAAAAAGGCAGACCUAUCCUCCUCCUCCUGCACUCCCCCCUUCCUACCCCCAAGGAAAAUACACGUUCCCAUCGUCAUUGGUGAAGAUUGACUUCCCAACGUGGAUAUUAUUGGCUAGCUAGACAAUCCUGAAGACAGUGGCUCUGAGUGUGUAGAGAAGAACUAUGUAUCGUUGAGGCAGAAGAGAAAGAUGUCAAAUACUAUAAAAGUUGACCUGUGGCUCCAGAGGCACCAGACAGACAGACAGGUGUUUUAUUCUUGUCCUGACUAAAGGAGUUUAAAGGUGGGUUUUAGUUGGACCCUCAGUCUACCUCAUUAAUCUAGUGGGAAGUGACUGCUUACUUUGUAUAAAUACUGUUAACUGCUACUGUGGAGGGGGGGAGAGAAUGUUGUUUUCAUUAGGCUAAUAGUAUAUAGCCUUCUCGGAGAAGCAGGGAAACUUUAACUAACAGCAGGUUUGUUCUCUGUUCUAUGCUGUUGAUCAUUUUACAAUAAUUAGCCAACAAUCCUAUUAUUAAUUAAUGAUGUAUACAGACAAAAGGAAUUAUAUGACCGUUUAUUGGUUAAGCCAUCGCAUUAAGAGCAAUCACAAGCUUAAUAGGUGUCUUUAAAUGACUCCUGAUCAUCCUGGAUUCUAUGUAUCUUUUAUUGUUUUUCCUUUGUGUGGGAAUUGACACAAUAACAGUCACCCUUGUGUUGCUGAGGACUGAGGGAGAGAUUGGUGUGAAUGAUUGUUGCUUACACAGCUUCAGUAUGUGAAGCAGGAUCACACCGCUAAUUGAACAAGUCUUUGGCAAGACGAUCAAGUCCAACUAAUGAGUGAAGGAAAUGUAAUGUACGCUUGCUGCUUAAUGCCUUUAAGUCACACAUUAAGCAAAAAGCUUAAUGAUGCAAGACUAGACUACUAUCCCAUUUGUUUUUCACCUUUUAGUCCUUCAAAUAUCAUCUGCAUUUUGAUCUUUUCUUUUCUUGAAUGACCAUCAACCAUGAAUCUAGCCUCUUCCUCUCUUUAUCAUGUAGUGGACUGUUGUAAACUUUACUGUAGUGAGUCUUUCCCUGCCUGUCUCACCACACCACAGCUAGGUGUAUUUCUAAAGGUUCCUGUGUUGUGGUUUUCUAGUGGUAGUACGGUCUUCUAUACUGGAGGCUUAAAGAAAUGGCAGGGGAAGACUUGUUAAAAAAAAGGGCAUUUUUCUAUGAAAGUAAAUUAAUAACAAAGUAAAUCUUUAAAGAAAGUAUGUGGGGGUUCUGAGGUCUCCAUGACGACGUCUCCCUUCUACUUGUACUCCUACCUUGACCUCACAUAAGAAAAAUGCAAAAGUGUACAAACUGUAUAUUCUAUACUAUAGGGGGCAAGAAACUCUAUCAACCCCUUUUUAAUCAAUAAAAAUCUAAAAUUGUAGAGAAAUAAAGUUGAUUUAAAAAAUCUA